AUGGCAAGUCAUUGUUCCUUUAGUCUGAUUCCAAUUUACAGUUUUGGGACUGUUGACAUUUCUCUUGCCAAACAUGGUGACAAGUACGAUCAUGAAUGUGGUAGGAAAAUAACUAUCGAGGGGGAAUCUCCGGUCAGCAGUCCUGCAGGUCUUACCGGCUACAAGAAAUACAGUCACAUAUUCACUGGCCAAUACUUUUAUUUGGGGGAGAUAAAAUACAAAUCAAAGGAGCAAAAUGGAUUUUGGGGGAUUAGAGAUAAAAAGUACACUGGGGUAGACGUAUAUUAUCUCACUUCUGACCAUGACAACAACUCUCCCCUUCUCAUUACUCUUUCUCCUGGAGGACAAGCAUAUACGAAAACCGCAGGAAACACAUGGAAGGAGGUAAAAGAUAUUCCAAAAGGUGGUAACUAUGGAUAUAGAAUCAAGGAACUCCUCCAAAAGAUUAAACAUCCACCCACCACAAUCGUAAAGACUCCCGCUCCACCUACAAAUCCCACUCAAACAGAAAGUAAGGAAAAACCUACUACACAAAAUGCCCCUAAAAAGGAUGCAAACGAUGAAAAAACUAAAGAUAAAAAGCCAACUCCUGUACAACACAAACCACCAGAAAAACCCAAAACAGAGAACAAGCCAACUAGUAGCGGAAAAGUCGCAGAAAAGGUGCCAUUGAUUUCCAAAACAUCCUCUGGAAAUCCCCUCUUGGCAGUAGGAAUAAUCUCUGGAGUAGCUAUAACAUGCAUCAUUGUCUACGAGGGAACGAUGAUCUUCUUUAGUCCAAACAAGGCCUUAAUUACCAGACUCAUUGGUAUGACGACUCCAAAGAAAUUAUAA